AUGGCGAUAAUUGGCGUCCUGUCAACUUGGCGGAUAAUAUGCGAAGCGCUUAACGCCAUCCAAGUUGGGCAUGAUGAUGUCCAUCAGAAUGACAUCGUACUUGAUCCCUUCCUGUACCUUAUUAAUCACCCCAAGACCGCCCGUCACAACGUCAAAGAUGCAUUCGGAGCUUUCGAGCCACUUCGAAUAGAUCCGGCAACACGUUGGGUCAUCUUCAGCCAGGAGAAUACGUGUCGGUCGUUUCCACAAAGAAGGAUGAUCUUGACCCUCACUAUCCCCGGUUACGAGGGUCCGGGUUGGCUCGGUGCGAUCGACAUCAUUGCCGCGGACCUGAAAGAAACACUUGUCGGCCAGUUCAAGAUCACCGCGACUCAGAUCCCUCGCUGA